AUGUCCAGACCAACCUCGUCCGGCGAGCCGCGCUCGCGGCCAACAUCGUACCAUGACCCGCCCUCCCCCGAGUUUCACGCCGAUGAUGUCCCAGUCGAAGUCUUGGUCCAAUACCUUCUCGCCGCCAAGCAAUCGCUAUCGUCGAUGGCGCUCGUCCUCCGCGCCAACGACCUGUCAACCAACGCCCGCCAAAUACACGAGGAGUCCGUCGUGCUGAGCGCCCAGACAGGUUUCCUACGCCGACUGAUUGACGAUGAAGUGCGGGUGUUGCAGAAGCUCCGGCGGGGCAUGGAGCGUGCGCACAAAUACGGCCGGCGCGAGUUCGGGAGGCUCAUCCACGCCCUCGAUGUCUCCAACGAGAAGCUCGAGAACACGAUGCGGAUGCUGCGCGAGACGCGAGUCGACCCCGUGUUUCGCCCACCAGGGGAGGAAGGGAAAUUCCUGAUAGAUUUCGCCGAUGUGGAUAGCGUCGAGGCGAUGCGCGAUACCCUAAAAGGGAGCAUCGCCGAACUACAGGCCACCCAAACAUCCUACGACGGCGACCUUUUCCGCUUCGACGAGGACCUCCGACUCCUCAAUAAGAGCACGGUCGCCGCGCCCUUGGUCGACUCCCCCUCGUCUUCCGCCGCCUACCAGCCGAUCCCCCACCUCCUCGCCGCUCUCGCCGACCAUUCGGAGGCCAUGGCACAACAUUUGGCUUCCCUCACGAAUCAUUUCGACAUGUGCGUCAAAGCGGUCCGCGCAACCGAAGGCGGUGCCGCCCUCGCCCGCCGCCGUGCAGCCGAAGCCACCGACGACGGCGAACCCGUAUCGAUAUCCGGUUUCAUCACCGAACAGGAAUCGCACCUCACCGACCUUGAACCGAUGGACCCGCAGGAGCUAGCCGAAAUCGUACAAGUAGUCAUGGAGGACGCACCCGAGGUGGACGAAGUCGUGGCCGAGAUCCAGGCGGUGCUGCAACAGGCAGAGCAGGAUUUCGAGACACUCAAGGAACAAGCCGACCGGAUCAGGGACGCGUGGGCAGCCACGCUUGGUGCCUUCCAGGUGCUCGAGGAUAUCGGGACGCGGCUGCAGAGCUACGUGGCCGCCGAGCACGAGUUCGAGCAGCGCCGGGACGCUGAGAAGGACGUCAUCUACGCGAAGCUCGAAGAGAUGGAUGGACUGAAGGUGUUUUACGAGGGGUAUGCGAGAGCCUACAGCAGUCUGAUGCUGGAGGCGGAGAGGCGGCGAGGCGUGGAGGCCAAGAUCCGCAAUACGCUGCGCAAAGCCAAGGAGAAUGUGGACAACCUUGUCGAGGCGGACAAGAAGCAGCGAGAGUACUUCCGGCAGGAAGUAGGCGAGUUUCUGCCGACAGACCUCUGGGUGGGUAUGAACAACCCGUUGGCGCGGUGGGAGCUGGCGCCAGUCCAGGAGGGCGGUGCUGCUUCGGGAUCGCAAGACGAGCUUGUCACGCCCACGGUGGCCAGGUCAGCUAAGGGCAAGGCACCGGCACGGUGA